UUCGGGGGUUACUAUGGGGGGAGGGAGAUGCACUGAGCUCGGUUCGCUUUACUAAUGGAAAUCAUCUCUCUGGAGCGUAGGGGAUAUCGAGCUGAGUCGGCUAUGAACACUAUGGAUCUGGAUGGUUAUUAUUGGCAGAGAAUGGUAACCCAGCAAUGACAGACCUUUAAGUGAUCUACAUUGUUCAAAGAAGACUGAUCAUGGGCUCAUCUCACUGGACACUGACAAAGAUACUCUUACUAGUUGUUCUAUACCUGAACUCCUAUGAGGCAGCUCAGGACAAAUACCUCACAGGACAAAAUAAAAAUGCUGUUUUGUACACGCCUUCAGUGGAUUUUUUGGUAUUGACAGAGAGCACCCCCACACUGGCACCUUUGUGGGUGCAAAGCAGUUCCCCAACCUUUGCUGGAUACCAGAAGGAUGAGCAUGUAUCACAAAGUCCAGCUUUGGAUAAGAAUAUCAUGGACUCCACGCAGUUGUUAAAAGAAAGCCCCACAUCAGAUGAUGUCUCUUUGCAGUCACCUUUUAGCAUCCUUACACCAGCAUAUCAAACAACAAAUUCAGAUGAAAGUUCUAAUACAGGGUAUCAAACCGUGCCUGAGUUAUCGAUUUCUCAAUGGCCAACACCAGGAUUGGAUCAAACAACUGAUCAAACUCAGUUUUCAUAUACUGCGCCCCAGUUCACCAUAGCAACAGUUCAGGAAUCAAAGUUGAACUCAAACACAUCUCCUUUUACCAUUCCAGUGAAGGAAAGUGACUCCCCUACGGUUACUAAUAGAUUAAAUAGUUUAUCUUCAUCAGAUGCUGUUACAUUUUCUCUACCAUUGUUCUGGACCUCAACAAAGCAGACAGAAAAUGAUACAGAACUGCUUAUGGGAAAGGGCGGACUGAUAUCUUCUGCAAUGCCAACACCGGUAGAAAAUGUAGAUGAAAUGUUAGUAACUGUACCUGCAUAUGUAAUAUCAGACAGUACUCAGUCAAAUAGUAUGGAAUCUUUGGAAAUUUCCACAGAGACAGACAGGAAACCAUUGGAUCCAAUGAGUGGGGAACCAACCAAGUUUCCAUUUGCAACUAAAGGAAACACUGACCCACCCGGUACUCAGCCUGGUUCACAGGACUCCUUAGCAGAUUCUUCCUUCCUGGAUUGUUUUCAGUCUGAAGAUUGUGAUUCGGUAACCCUAAGCACCGCCCCCUCUAAGGUGGAAAAUAAUCUCUAUGGACAUUCUUCACUCCUGCCAUUUAGACCAAUAUUCAUUACCCUGCAUUCUGACUGGAAUACAUCUGUUGCAGACUGGGGUGUAGCCUGGGAAGCCUUAGUGUAUGGCUCUGUGGGUCUUUUUGGGUCAGUCGCUCUUCUCUCCUUUCUCUCCCUUUUUUGCUUGGUGUUCCGAUGUCCUUCAGGAGGCCACUAUUUAGCUGUUUUACAUCUGUUUUUGAUAUUUGUAGGGAGCAGCCGGGCUUUUUCUCUCUUCUAUGAUGCAUAUGGGCACCAAGAAAAACUACCAGUUUUUAUUGCUAUACUAUUGCAUGAACUGGCCUUUCCUUGUAUGACAACAAGUUUCAGUAUUGUCUUCCUUCUGCUGUCCUCAAGGUGUCAGAUGCAGCGCUCAACUCCAAGCUUACUCCGACUCUGCAUUUUAUCUGCUACAGCAGUUCUCCACUUUGUUGUCUCAGCAGGAGCAGUGAUAUUAGUUGAUGUCUUACAGAAGUUUGCCUUCCUUCUACUUGUAUCCCAUGGAGUCUACAUAACUUUGGCUGUUCUUCUUUCUCUUUCCUUCUUUGUCUUUUGUUGUAUAGCAAGAGUCCAAACCACUCAGAUUUAUGAUCUUAAAAAUUCAGCUCCUCCUGUAGAAUAUAGUAGUGGGUGUCCUUUUGCAAACUCAAAGGACUGGAGUCGAGCAACUCACAUUGUUGUGAUUGCUUCCAUCUUUAGCCUUUUAAAUGCCGUUCUUCAGCUGUAUGCAAUGCUUUAUGCCAUGGGCUAUGGUGGAUCAAUUGUGUUUGGACCUUGGACUUGGUGGGCCUUCCAGCUCAGUUCAAGCCUAUGUGAAGUAGGUGCAUGUCUACCCCUUGCUGUAGUUGGUACCUACCCCCUAUUUAGUUCUAAUGAUAUUGGGAGGAACAAUUGCUGGACAAAGUUGUUUUGUCUUACUCCUGGUCACGUCACAAUGAAAGCCAACAUUCUUCAAGCCAAUUCUCAGUGGUCCUCAUCCCAGCAUGAAAAACUGCUCAUCUGUGAUACUAUAAUUAGAAGUGACUCAGAGUUCUUUCCCCUUUAUACAUUAGUGGAGAAACGAAUGAGCCUUGGAGAAGACAUAAGCUUAAUCUACAACAGCACUAAAAGCCUUGAGGUUCAAGGUUUGAGUCUUCACAAUAGCUCUAAGACGCCAUCUUUUAUUAGUGUACAGGUGGACAGUGACUCAACUGUUGAUUUUCAGCCCCCGUCACCAAUCAACUUGCGUCGUAGUAUUGAUGAGGCCCUAUUUAGUGAAGCUCUAAUACCCAAAAGUCUGUUUCAUGGCACAGCAUUGUCCAGCAGCUUGUCUCUCACAAUCAAGAGUACUACACAGCUGGAAGAGAACAUUUUCAAAGAAAAGGCCUCUGACAGGGGACUUUACCGAACAUCUUCCUGCAUGGAGAUGGACACUGGUUUUCCAGCUACAAGACCUGCUGCCAACACUUGCAGACAGGGCAAUUUAUCUUCCCCUUCUUCACAGAUAUGGAGAGGCAAAGAAAGCGCCACUAGCUCUCUGUACAAGGUAUCUCAAGAUGGAUCAUCCUUGGUUCUUUGUUCAAGUUUUGACAAUGCAAACUCCUCCACCUACAGCUAUGAGAAGAAACAAGGAUGUAGUCAGCAGUCAAAGGGAAUGUAUCAUACUUUGCUUCCUCCAUCUCAGGAGUCAUUGGAUAUGACAACCAAAAAAGAACAUACCCUAAGUGGUGACUUCAAAGAUGUAUUUGGGCCUAUUGAUGCACUGAGUGUUAGCAGUGACACUAUAGACCUCUGAUGUAGCUCACAAACUGUAUUAAUGGAAAGGCCGUAUACAAAAACUUAAAGGUGCACCUUAUUACUUUUACAAGGAUUCAUGAGACAAGAGUGCAUACAUGCCAUUUCUUUUUGGGAUUAGAUUAUUAAUCAAUUUGUAAGAUGAAAUGGCAAAUAUAACAUUUAAAUUGCUACUGAGCUUUCCAGUGCUUGAAUAUUAUACAUAAAUAUUGCAGAACAUUUACAAAUCUUUAUAUAUUUUUUAUUUUAUAAUGAUAUCAUAUAUACAAUUUAAAAACAAUAUUAGGAAUGGUUGGCUAUAUUUUCCUGCUCACAAGUUAAAGUUAAUUCAAAUCCUUGUGAUUUAAAUCACUGUGGCUUUUGUGUUCAUACCCUUGUCAAAGUGGUGUGAUUUCCUUAUGUAAUCUAUGGGUACAGACGACAUAUCAAAGUAUCAAAUCUUUAUUUGGCCAGCUUAGAGAACUUUACAAACAGAAAAAAAAGGUGACUUGUUAAUUGAGUGUUAGAGGGUUAAUAUAUUCUUAUGUGUAUUAGAAAUUUGUAUUUAUUAAAAAAUAAUGUGGUGUUACCAUGUUCAGCAUCCAUAGCAUACACACCAAUACACAAAUAUAUUCCAAAAAGAGAAAACUUAUGCUGGGGGGAAGAUUUUCCUUAGGAUUGUACAAUCAAGUUGCUAGACACGUACUGACAAACUCAUUUUAUGGCUUUUCAAAAGUUAUUUGUUACGGGUGAGAGUGAUCCCUUAUCCGGAAACCCGUUAUCCAGAAAUUUGCAAAUUACGGAAAAGCCAUCUGCCGUAGACUCCAUUAUAAGCAACUCAUUUUUAAAAAUUGUAAUUAUUUCCUUUUUCUCUGUAAUAACACAACAGAACAUUGUACUUGAUCCCAACUAAGGUAUAAUUACUCCUUAUUGGAGGCAAAACAAGCCUAUUAGGUCUAUUUAAUGUUUAAAUGAUUUUUAGCAGAAUUAAGUUAUGGAGAUCCAAAUCACAGAAAGAUCCCUUACCAGAAAACCCCAGGUCCCAAGCAUUCUGGAUAACAGGUCCCAUACCUGUAAUCAUUUGGCAAAUACCAAAUUGUAUAUUUUAGAUUAACGUGAGUGAAGUUAUGAACUGAUUCAAACUUGAUUUAUUUAGCUUUAUUUCUGAAAGCAAAUAUGUAGGUUGUAUAUUAUCCACUUACUCACUGAUAAGGUCCUAUAAAAUUAUACACUCAUAAAAAGAAAAACACAUUUGUAACUUGCUUUAAAUAAACAGACAUUCCACACAUUUGAAAAUGUACAUGCAGUUUUACUUGCUGUGUCUAUCUUCUUGACACCUUUAGUACCUUAAGGGCAGUGGUACACGGGAAGAUUAGUCACCCUGCAACAAAUCUUCGUUGUCGCAGGCAACAAUCUCCCUGCAAUGCCAUCCCACCAGCUAGAAUGUAAAUCACUGUUGGGAUGGCAUACACGUUUCUGCCGAAGUUGUCUUAAGAGGGAACUUUGGGCGAAUGAAGGACAUCGCAGUGACGCGUAUGCCAUCCCACACGUGAUUUACAGGCUAGCCAAUGGGAUGGCAUGGCGGGGAUAUUAGUCACCCACGACAAUGAAGAUUUAUUGCUGGGUGACUAAACUCCCUGUGUACCCAUGCCCUUAGCGUAAAGACACACGUAGUUACUAGUAGAAGCUAUUUUUUCAUGGUUACUGAAUGCCAGAAAAUACCCUGCCAUAGACAAUACUGAGAAUUGCCUCUGCUAAAACACAUGUAGAGACUGUUAUCAGUAAAUGCUCAGCAUUGUCUAUUUUAGUAGUGGCAGUAACAAGUAGCUGCUACUAGUAGCACUAGCUCUGUGUGUCUUCACCCCUAGGGUUCUAUAUUCAACGUGGUCCCUUCAGCUUUAUAGCUCAGAAAACUUUGCAGCCUCUCCUAGAUAAGGAAGAGUUUGUUUUUGCACAAAAGUUGAACAAAGGCUAACCAGUACGAUAAUAUAUAUAUAUAUAUAUAUAUAUAUAUAGUAUGUAUAUAGUAAGUAUGAGCUAUAAAAGGGAUUUGUGAUACUGUACCUAUACAAGAACGCAAAAUUACCUACAACUAUUAAAUUGUUUAGCACUAUUCAUUAAGAGUGACUACAAAUAUGCUUUUUAACAUUUUGUAAUCAUGGUAUAAAGAUCCUUUUGAUGCUUGCCCUUUACUCAGUUGAUAUCAAACAGGGUUUCUUAAAUAUUGACAUGCUGGCAAAGAGUUCAGGUCAUUUCAAAGUUGUAAGUUUUUGAAAGUUAUGUUGAAAUGUACAAAAUACUUCCAUCUCCCACCACAUAUUGUAUUCCUUAAUGACUGAUCUGAAAUGUGAACUGAUUUAUUAAUAAAAGUAUUUUCAGACAGGU